AUGGGCGAAAACAGAGGCAAAUUUUACGUUUUCGGUGGCUACGAUAGUAAUUAUUGCUACCCUUUUGCAAAAACAGUUGAAUUCCUUAAUGGAACUCGAUGGUCAAUUGUUGAAGGAGUAGAAUAUGGCUCAUAUCGAUCUGGAGGAAUUGUUUCCACACCGAACGGAAUCUUUAUUGCUCAAAGUGGAAGAACAAUUGUCCGCUUCGAUGAUGAAAAGUUCACAACUGUUGGUCAUGUUCAUCACACGAUCACUCAAUUUCUCAGCUUGAACAAUAUCCUUCACGGAAUAGGUGCAGGUCAGAAUCUCCAGCGAAUCUUCAUUGAGGGCGAUCAACUAAAAGCCUUCGAGUACGAUGUUAUUCCGAACUACAAGAUUUCUGUCGAGGCAAAAUAUAUUAACUGUAUUUGA